AUGAGUACAACUACUUUAAUAAUGACAUUGAUGUUGAUAAACGAUACUUUCACUCAUCGCGUUACAAACUCUUUAAUGCCUUACGUCCUGUUCAACCUACUUGGAUCUGUAGCUGUAAAUGGACCAGGCAUUGCUGUCUACAUCAAAGUAAUUUGUUCUCAAUCAAUUUCUCAAUCGAAAAUCGCAAAUAUGGACACAAUUAUAAAACACAUCACUUCUACAAGAGAUCGAUACAUCUACCUUAUGAAGAUGGAUAGAUAUAUGGCAGAUGUUAAUUGGACUUAUGUACGAGAAAUGACAACGAUUAUACAACCUUAUGAUACCAACGACAUUGAGGUUUCGAACAAGAACAAGUUGACCACUUCAACAAAGUGCCCCUUUUGCUCCAAAAUCAUUAGUCUAACACUCAGCAAUAAGAAAAUGAUGGAUUUGAAAAGGGAGACUAAGAAGCAAAUUUGGAAUUACAUGAAAACAAUUGUUGUGCGUCAACACGAAAUUGGAAUGGUCUCAAGGGAAUCAUUGCAGAUGAUUUUAAAGAAAUUCGACCAUCUUCUGAACGAUGAUAAUUUUGAGACUGUUGAUAUUGCAAAGUUAAAAGACUUUUUCGCCAAGAAUAAAUAUUUGGAUUUCAUUCAACGCAUUUAUAACAAGUUCUUCAGCUUUCAAAGGGCCAAUGUUUUGAUGCCCAGAAAACGAUAUAGGAGAAUUUGCUAUAAAAUCAUCAUGAACAAAAUGUUUACAAUUUUGAUUUACACAAUUAAUGUUGCUGCUUUAAAGGAAAGCAUAGACGAAAUGAUCAUGGUUAUGAAUAGAGUUAUUGAUUCAUCUGAUACUAGAGAAUACUAUCUACGUAAAUUUGUUCAAGACAGAGAUGACCUUGGGCAAUUAAUGAUGAAAAUACAAAUUAGUUAUCCAUGGAUUCCUGUUACUAUAAAGACCAAGCAGAUGAUCACUUCCUGUCGAUUUGUUAUGACUGAGGGUCUGCUCAAUUUGAAAGCAUCUGGUUUCGUUGAUGACAUCGAGUACUCGCAGUUGAUGCAGUCAAUAAAAAGCAAGGAAACACUUAUAAAAUCUGUAAAAAGAGUGAAACUACCUUUGGCAAAAAUCAUAUUUCUGAGUGUUCCUUGGAUGCGCAUGGAUGAUGCUAAUACUGCCGAGUAUCUUUUUAUCAGAUCUUCGGUAAGAGUCUUUGAAAGCGGGUAUGAGUUUUGCAAAGUCGGUGAUUAUUUGGAUGGCAUACUUAUACUUCUCACAGGGGUUUUAAACAUAAUUUAUGAACCUACUGAGGAAAUUUUAAAGAAAAACAAAGAAUAUGGAUAUAUACCAGUUGUUGAGUGUCUGCGAUCAACUAUUCUAGAAGAUAGUUCAAACUUUCAUAUAUUACCUGGAAAUACAAUUGGAGAAAUUAACUUGCUUACUGGAAGACCUUACGAUUGUCGCAUAGUGGCUGUAUCUAAUGUUAAAGCUUAUUUUAUCAAUAUAAAAUACAUCAUGGAAGCAAUAAAACAAAAUUCUAAUUUGGCUUAUGGAUUGGAGAGUAGUAUGUGGAAACAUGCAGUUAUGAGAAUUGCUGAAAAAUUGUUAAAAAACACGCCCGUUUACGAGUUCAACACUUUACGAGAAAUACAAACUAAAUUGGAAAGAAGUAUAAUGCCAGAUUUCAAUGCUUAUGAACAUUUUCUAGUAACGGAUAUAAUCGAAGAUGUAAUUUUGAUAGAUGGCAUUAUCAUUGAUUCUUAUUCGAGAACCUCGUAUUGCGCUCCUUAUUAUAUACCAAGAUCUGUAGUUAAAAUUAAUCUUCCUAAAAACGAACACAGUAAACAGGUAGCUAAGCUUUUGAUAAUACCUAUACCAGAUGUGGACUAUUUGACUAUGAUUAAUGCUGAACCGCGUGUAGUGGAAUUGGUUCCAUCAGGAGAUAGUCGCUGCACGUAUGGUCCUAAAGUUAAGAAGAAACGCAAGAAGAAAGGUAAAAAAGGUAAGAAGGAACUCCUCCAGUCAUACAGUUCAGUCGUCAGUAAGUCAAUUGGAAGUAUUGCGAGCUUUCAUCAUUCAUCGCACAGUUUAAGCAUCGGCAGCAGCAAAGAUAAAUCCAUUACUUAA